UGGCAUUUUUUUAAAUUGUGGAAUAAUGGAUGGAAUAAUUUAUGGUAAGCUGGUAAAAAACAAUUUUAUUAAUACAUUACAUUAAUGUGGGUGCUGCUAUGUCAUGUUUAAACCCUUUGUCAUAUCAAUGAAUUUUCACUUUGUAUUAAAAUAACAUGUGGUAUUUGUCAGUACAUGGUGAACAAAAACACUAUGAGGAAACUGGGCUGAUCAAAACAAUGCCUAGUUUCCUCCAGUUAAAAAAAUGUGUGCCUAUGCCAAUACUUAAUGUUAUAUUGCCCAGCAGACCCCAGGCUCCAUAAGUGAGCUACAGCAAAUACUGGGGAACAUUUGGAAGAUUAUGACAACUGUUAAAUAUAAAUGUUUAAUGUUUUCUAAUAUUUUUACAGUUUGAAGAAGAUUUGGAAAAUUAUGGACAAUGGAUCUCUGGUGCAAAGCCAAGACUGAAAAUAAAUGCCAUACUUAAGAAUUUUUCAAAAAAACCAUUAAGUGCAAUCAAUAAGAAUAUUGAAGAUCUUAAUCGGCCAUCAACUUCAAGUGCUGCUGACAAUGCUGGCAUGCAGGUCUCUGACAGUAUAGAUGCAGCUAUACAGUGUGAUAAAAGAAUAGGUGUUUCAAACAAGUUUGUUUUGGCCCAGCCGAAGACUCAAACCAUAGCUACUCAAUUUCGUGGGCGAAAAAUAAAAGAAAGUGCGAUGCCAUCACGAAUGAUGCAACUACCGAACACUGAGAAGAGUCCCAAUCAAUCACCAUCUUUGUUUGGGACAUCCAACUUCGACUCGUCUUCGAGUGCUCAACAAGAGGAUAUUGAAAAACGUGGCAGGGAGCACCUACUAAAAAUUAUUACUAACAAACCCAAAAUGUUUUUAGGUCUGCCAAAAAGCUUUUGGUGGAUUAUUAAUUUCAUUGCCCAGGAGUGCUCUUGUUUGGCAUUUCAUAUUAUCAUAUGUCUAUUUAAAUUAAAAAACAAUGACUCUUUUGCUAGGAUGAGUGAAGAAUUUCAAAUGGCCAGGUCAACCAUACGUUUAGUGUUUGAAAAGAACGUCGUAGUUUUGUCCACAUACUUUCAAAAUUGUAUAUAUUUACCACCACUAUCAGAAAAAAAAAAAAAAUUACCAUUAGCAUUUAAAAUCAGAUAUUCGAAUGUACAGUGUAUUAUAGACUGUUUCGAGAUUCAAAUAGAAAAACCCAGCGAUCCAGAGAAGCAGGCGCAGACUUGGUCGCAGUACAAAUCAUGCAACACGAUGAAAUAUUUGAUUGGCUGCACACCCGCUGGAUACAUUUCAUUCAUCUCACAGGGUUAUGGGGGACGUACAUCUGAUAAAGCCAUCACGGAGAACAGUGGCUUUGUUGAUGUACUUCCCCUAAAUGCAGUAAUCAUGGCCGAUCGUGGUUUUAAGGAGAUUGAAUCACUCUUCAUCACAAAAAAUGGAAAACUCUUAAGACCUCCUAGUGUCUUCGCCAAUCAAAAAAUGACAAAAAAGACGUAAUUAAAACUAAGGUGAUUGCUAGUUUGAGGGUGCACGUUGAGCGUGUGAUUAGGAGAUUACGGGAAUUCCAUAUGUUAAAACCCCACUCUGUGGUUAAUAACAAACAUUUAAAAUAUUUGGACGACCUGGUCAUUAUAGCUUGCGGAUUAAGUAAUCUUCAGAUUCCAAUAAUA